GAAUACAUGGUGUUUUGUAGAUGCAUUUUCGGCUUACAUUCUGUCUGGCGUGUUGUUUCAUCAUGGCAUGUCACUCGUGUGAUCUCGAUUGCUCCACGGUGAAAUGUGUUGUCCCCAAUUGCAUCGACACAUACACACCGCCGCACCAGUGUUGUCCCAUUUGCAGACCAAAACCAUGUAACUACAAGGGGCAAGUGUAUAUAGACGGACAACAGUUUAAGGACGAUUGCAAUACGUGCACGUGUUCCCUCGGAUCUGUGUCAUGUACACAACUUGGUUGCCCAGUUAAUCCUACAACUUGCAUGAUUGACGGAAUCAUCUACUCAGAUGGGGAUGAGCUUCCUUGGACCACGUGUGAGACCUGCCACUGUCGAGCCGGCCAAGUGGCUUGUUAUCGAAAAGCGGCGAUUCUUGGAGAAUGCAUGGAGAAUCCAUCGCUGAAUCCAUCGCUGUAGCCUUUUUGCACUCUCCAUCGCAGCUGAAUUCCACUGAUCUGACAUUUGUAUAACCUCUCUCGACUCAAAAUGCCUAAAUCUACUACAAAGCUGCGAUUGUCGAAGCAUCUAUCUAGAGACCUUCUCACUGAGCUUACAUCAAAGAAACAACUUUCCACUCCACAUGCCGAUAUCGUCCACUGAGGUGCAAUUGCCGAAACAACUCUCAACUAGACACGCCGCUUGUAUAUCCUACUAAGCUGUCAUUGUCAUAGUGUCACUCCAUUUGCAAUGAGCCAUUCAAAUUAGAUAGCAUUAGUGUAACAACUCUCAACUAGACACAUCGGUUUAAAUGCCUACUAAGCUGUCAUUGCAUUGUGUCACUCCGUUUGCCACUCUCAACUAGACACGCCGCUUGUAUAUGCUACUAAGCUAUGAUUGUCACAGUGUCACUCCAUUUGCCAUGCGAAUUUCCUAUUAGCUAUCAUUGUAGUAACAACUCUCUUCUUGGCAUGUCGCUAUCAUUUACUGAACUCGCAUCGGCAUCUUGUUUGAAAACACAUUGUGUAGAACUACUGAUAAAAUAUAUAACGACAAUUGAACGGAUUGGUGUACGUUUCCGGAUAGAAAUUCAACAAUUAUAUUUUUGUUUGUUAAGCUACAA